CAACGUCGACGUCGAAGAGUGCCACCGCCGUCGGGCCACCUCCAAGGUAUCACCUCUCACAAAUUGUGAGAAUGGCUGACACCGAGUUUGAAGAAUUGGGACAUUAUUUCGACCGAUUGCCACAGCAUAUCAAGACCCCAAUAUCAAAUUACACGCUUGUACAUGAUGUCAUGCUUGAUGACUCUCCGACGUCGUCGCAGGCUAGCGAUGGGGAUGUUAGACGUUCCUGCGGCGGAAUCCUGGGAGAUUCCGAUGAUGAAGAUGCAGGGGUGAUCCAUCGACAUGAUAAUCAGAGUGGACACACCUCCGGGGAUGAUAGUGAAGACUUGGAUCAUCAUUCGUCUAUUGUUGCUGACAGCGAUUUCAGCUUGUUCGGUGGACUGAGCAGUAGGGGUAGAUACACCAGUUUGACUGCGGUCUUCGCAUCGACGGGUCGUGAGAGUGCUGUAAGCGAUGCCGGAGGCUCGUGCUCCAGUCUGGGCUCCUGGGCAACCCCUGAACAUCAUCCCAAUCGCCCUGGCAGCAGUGGAAACGAGAGGAGGCGACGAAGACUUCCGGAAAUACCCAACAGCAAAAAAUCACUGAAUUCGUCACCCUCACUGGCUGAGGAGUUGGCAGGUGCCACUGGAUCAUCUAGGCCUCACCUGGUACUUCGAAAAUGCCAUUCGAGGCUUCGCCACGAGGACAGCUCACCGGACAGCGAGAGGAUGGCCACUGAUAGCGGUCAUAGCACUGCACAUUCCCCUGAUAAUGGUCCUAAAAGUGUCUCUCCUAUUCCCUGCAAUACUCUGCAGAAUACUGAGUCGGUUUCCCCGAGCAGUACUCCAGGGAGCGGGGGCAUCCCCUUCACCCAGUUGGAACUUCUGGAGGCAACCCAUCGUGGUCUUCACAAAUUUAUUCCCCGUCAUCACGACGAAAUAGACCUCGAAAUUGGUGAUCCAAUUUACGUGCAGAAAGAGGCAGAUGACCUGUGGUGCGAGGGAGUAAACCUGCGAACAGGUCGUCAGGGGAUUUUCCCAUCUGCCUACGCAGUCGACAUGGACUACAGUGAUUUUGAUCCGACGGCACCAAAAGUCAAGAGGGAGAGAUAUCUGUUGGGAUACCUUGGCUCGGUUGAGACACUCGCACACAAAGGAACUGGGGUGGUUUGUCAGGCUGUCAGGAGAAUUGUUGGAAAUACAUCUGUGGAUUCGCCGGAUUCACAGAGGUGUAUUCUCGAGGUGUCCGAUCAGGGAUUGCGUAUGGUAGACAGGAGUAAGCCACGACAGAAAAAUGGACCGUGUCACGAUUAUUUUUAUUCCUUGAAAAAUGUAUCAUUCUGUGCAUUUCAUCCUCGAGACCACCGUUACCUCGGUUUCAUCACAAAGCAUCCAACCCUUCAAAGGUUCGCUUGUCACGUGUUCAUCGGACAGGAGUCGACAAGGCCCGUUGCUGAAGCAGUUGGACGAGCCUUCCACCGAUUCUACACUAAAUUCAUUGAGACUGCUUUUCCAAUUGAGGACAUAUACAUUGAGUAAACUUACUUUUAGUAUUUCACUGGAGGCCAGGAUAUUGAGAUAUCCCCAGGCCCACGAGACCUACAGAUAUCCACUGUACAUAAACCCCCAUUAGGUGUAGAUAAAUAUAUUAUGAAAAAAAUAAAAUUGAAAUCAAAGAAACCCACGCGACAAUUUCACCCCAAAAAUCUCUCCUCAUUCGUUUAUUCUCAUGUGAUUAUUUUCAUUUCUACAAGCAUCUUGAGCAAAUUCAUCCCAUCUCUUCCGAUAACUUCCGGUUUCUUUAGUCUGUAUAUGCACAUAAUAUUAUUCAUUUGAAUUGCUUUCAUAUGUCUUUGUAAUAUUGAGAAUGGAAAAGUUUGAAUGAGAUAUUAAUUGUCUCCAAGGACAAUGGGAGAGCUCACUGGAUCAAAUAUUCAUCGAAAUGUUUGAGAAAUAAAUAAGAGAAAAAAAAAACAAAUAUUUGAGAAAAUUAAAAGCCACCUGUUUUUUUUCAUUUAUGAUCAUCAAAGUAUAAAUAUAAUAACGUAUUUACAAUAUUAUAAAGUUUUAACGUUAUGUUUAAACAAUAUGCUUAGGUAUGUUUAUUGUAUCAUAAUCAUAGUGCCGACUGUCUGUGUCACAUCUGCAUCCACUCCGAAUUUUCAUUCAUGUCAGUAAAAUAACGAGAAAUAAUAAUAGAACAAAGUUAUUGACUUUUUAAAAUAAUCGAAGGUAGGGUGAAUGGGUUUCUCUGUAAAAACCCUAAAAUCCAAUUGUUUGCGAAAAAAUUAUAAUUCAGAGAAAUUGCGGUUCGUUACAUUUGCGGUUUAUAGAGGCAAACAUUAAUAUUUCAAAAUAUCUUGAGCAACUCAAUGGACUUAUUAAUUUCAGAAAAAAAUGGUAUAAAAAUAAAAUUAGGCGAUUCAAGUUUUUUCCUUUCAGUCUCAUGAUAAAACAUAACUCCUCUGACAUGUAUAAUAAAAAUUGUCGUUUCUCCUCGAUACUCAUCAUUUUCAAUAAUUAAAGAGAAAAAAAAUAUAUUUGGAUUACAUCAAACACAGACAGUUUGAAUUUGAAAUUUGUACUAUACAUUAGUUCGGAGUCAGGGAGGGAGCUACGAUUUCUAAUAAAAUUACCAUAAAUUAUUUUCAUAAAAUCGGUGCUGAAACACGUCUGGUAAUGUUACAAAUUAUGUGAUGAGUACGACAUACAUGUUAUUUAUCUUCAUUAGAAAUUAUUUACAAUAUUUUCCUCUUCACAGUGAAGGCAUAGAAACAUUUUUCUUAUUCCUUUAUCCAAUGAGAGGUGGGUAUUACUUGACGACGAUCCACUGCUGUGAUAAUUAAGCAGAAGUCAAACUUGAUAACAAGAAAACACUUUCAAAGUCUUCAUUUAGGGCAUAUUCCCGAAAUUUACAUUGCACAAUUUUAUAAUAAAAGAAAAACUUUCCUCAAUAACAUCAAGACGAUUAACAAUUUCAUAAAAAUAGGCCGAAAUAUCAAUAAGAAUGAUAAAUUAAUUUCAAGAUUGACAUAAAGCGUCGUUGAAACGUCGUCAUCGAUGUAAAAAUUGCCUCGGAUCAUUCAGUGACAAAUUUACAGUAAAUAUCAUUGUACGUAAGUAUAUUAGUACACUUGCUUAAAGCCCUAAAUUAUGCAUCUAAUGUAUAUGCUCGUGUGACAUACAUCCUCGUCUCACAUGACCUACCAAAUAAUUCCAUAUUUUUUUUGUCAAAAGCAUCAUUUAUGAAAAAUCUUGUAACCAAUCGUCAUGAGAAUUAUUGAAACAAAUAGCUUGUAGUUCAGAGGAUAAUCGUUCCUCCACAGAAUUUAAUUAUUUUCCCUUCACCUCCUACUGAUUUUAUCCCAAAAUUCACCUCAGAACUCUUGUCAGGAUGUAUGUCCCUGUGUACACGGGGUGCAUUUACUGAAAAGUCACUCAAGCGAAUAACAAAAAUUGCAUUGUUUUUCCAGUACUAUUCUCCAAUUAUAAUCCUCUUCACUCUACGCCUCUUAGUAGUACACGAUCAAUAAUUCAUGUUACAAUAAUCAUAAUAUGUAUAUAUUUUAUAUUUAUAUAUGUAUAUAGUAAAAUUAACAUUGCAGUCUUACGGUGAGCCGAUUAAAACGAUGGCAACGAUUCAAACGUCAUCUUUUUUUUUAAUCAGUUUCUUUUCAUUUUUUUUUACUUACAAUCUUAGUAUUAACGUCGUAAUUGCCUAGUACAGUAGAUGGGAACCUUUCUCUGUUAUUCCUUCGUUCAUUACUCAUUAUCCCCAGUCUAAAUCUGAUAGACACAUCGGAUAGAGGUAGUUUAUACUCAGCCAUUUUGUUUGUGUGUAAUUUUUGCCAUUGAAAAUAGCAAAAUGAGAACUCCUGUUGCUGCUACGAUCGGUUCAAUAAUGUCCAAUAAUAUCUGUCUUAAUAUGAGGCGUUUACUCCAUUGCAAUUAUGCAUUUUUUUCUCCACAAUUGUUUCGUCCAUUUGAUUCUAUUCCUCUUAUUAUUGAGUCUUUUAAUCUUCCUCUGCUAUUUGCACGGCGAAAUCCCUCUGUUGAUUGCACAAUUCAUUCUCGUUUCAACAUCAUCAGUCACUAUUUUUUUUUGAUCGAAAUAGUUUCUUCUUACAGUGCGUCAAUUUUUCGUGGUUCUGAAAUAUCCAAGGACGUUUAUCAGUGAGUAAGAACUUGGUCGUUUCCACUCUCAAUUUGAAAAAAAAAAA